AUUGGAUGCACCCAUACCAAAAUCCAUGCUUAAGAGGGUGUACCUUUCUGGUUGCCGGCAACUCACAUCGAUAGCAGGGCUGCAUAAUCUUCACUCACUCGAAGAACUGGACAUAUACAAGUGUCCUCAACUCCAGCUCUUAUCAAAGGAAAGACUGCCGUCCAAGCUUCAAUAUCUACAUAUUGAAGAGUGCCAGCAGUUGUCAUCGGUACCAGCGAUGCAAAACCUUACUUCUCUUUUAGCAUUAACUAUAAAAAAUUGUCCUCAACUCUGGCUUUUAUCGGGACUGCCAUCCAAGCUUGAAUGUCUGCGUAUAGAGAAGUGCCAUCAGUUGGCAUUACUGGCAGGGAUGCAAAACGUUACUUCCCCUGGAGCAUUAACUAUGGAAAAUGGUUCUGCAGAAUUCAAGUCUUCAGUUCUGCAUAUUGAGCACUGCCUGCAGUUGACGCCACCUUCGGAGAUGCAAAACCUUACUUCUUUUGAAUUAUUAGCCGUAAAAAAUUGUCCUCCACUCCGGCUCUUUUCAGCGGAAGUACUGCCAUUCACGUUUCAAUAUCUGUAUAUUGAGGACCGCCAGCAGUUCACGUCACUUUUGGGGAUGCAAAACCUUACUUCUAUUGAAUUAUUAGCUGUACAAAAUUGUCCUCAACUCCGGCUCUUAUCAGCGGAAGGACUGCCAUCCAAGCUUAAACAUCUGCAUAUGGAGCACUGCCAGCAGUUGACAUCAGUGCUGGAGAUGCAAAACCUUACCUUUUUUCAGACAUUAGCUAUAAUAAAUUAUCCUCAACUCCGGCUCUUAUCAGAGGAAGGAUUGCCAACCACGCUUCAAUAUCUGUAUAUUGAGGACUGCCAGCAGUUGACGUCCCUUUCGGCGAUGCAAAACCUUGCUUUUCUUGGCACAUUAACCAUAAAAAAAUGUCCUCGACUCCAGCUCUUAUCAGUGGAAGGACUGCCAUCCAAGCUUGAAGAUCUGCAUAUUGAGGACUGCCAGCAGUUGACAUCGGUGCAGGGGAUGCAAAACCUUCCUUUUCUUCAAACAUUAGCUAUAAGAAAUUGUCCUCAACUCCGGCUCUCAUCAGAGGAACGACUGCCAUCCAUGCUUCAAUAUCUAUAUAUUGAGGACUGCUAGCAGUUGACGUCCCUUCCGGGGAUGCAAAAUCUUGCUCUUCUUGACUUAUUAACAAUAAAAAAUGGUCCUCAACUCCGGCUCUCGUCAGAGGAAGGACUGCCAUCCAACAUUAUAGAUCUGCAUAUUGAGGACUGCCAGCAUUUGCCAUCAGUACUGCCUGAGAUGUAAACCUUACAUUUCUUCGAACAUUAACUAUAAUAUAUUGUCCUCAACUCCAGCUCGUAUCGGAGGAAGGACUGCCAUCCAAUCUUGAAGAACUUCUUAUUGAGAAGUGCCAAGAGUUGUCAUCACUGUCAGGAAUGCAAAAGCUUACUUCUCUCAGAAAAUUAACUAUACAACAUUGUCCUAAAGUUCAGAUCAUGGCAGAAGAUCAGCUCUCAUAUAUGCCUCACUAUGUGGAUAUUUUUGAUUGCCCUAAAUUGGUCAACUGGUGCCAAAUACUAAAAAUCAACUGCAUUCAGCUCAUACACCAACAGAGUUCUCUUAUUCUCUUUUGUAAUGCACCAAGUCGAUUCAAGCAACAAGCCGACUAUAUCGAACACAAGGGAGAACAUGAAGGUACAUAAUCGAUGCAGAACCAUCGGUGUGGAUCAGCACAGGCUUAUUAAAUCUAUUUUUUAUUUUUUGACUGAGGAAAAAAAAUUAAGUUUUUACUUUUCUUUUUUUGCUCGGAAUACAAAAUUGAACAUGUCCUGGCAUGGACUGUGCCAGCAGGUGUUCGGCAUGGGCAUGGGCAAUGAUGUUUAAAUCCUUGGUCAACAUCAACCAAGUUUCAUUUUUGUCAUCUUCCUUGAACAUAUAAUCUGUUAAGUAAAAAAAAAUCAGUUUCUCAUCCAA